UCUCCUCUUCCUCUUCCAGAGCUGGUUCACUUCCUAUAGGGACUGAAAACCAAGUGAGGAGAUGAAGGAUGAUGCUAUAUGACACGAGAAUACACCACAGACAGAUCCCGACCAUCACUCGAGGAACAACUGCAGGAAGACAUUCAGUCCCUUCCCAGCAUUGCUCAACACGGAAAGGUUCGGCCGUGAAGCCAUCAUCUGGAAGUUGGUCAGGUCAGGGAAGCUUUGACGUAUCAUCUGAUUGAAACUGGUCAAUGGUGUGGAGCGUUCCAUCAGAACUAACCUUUCUGAAGUUUCGGCUGUGGGUGAUCAGUCAGGGUGAGGCUGGGAAGAAAUGUGAGUGGCUCCAACUGUGGUGAGAGCUUCAAUCAUUCAUCGAGCCUCAUGAACCACUGACUCAUUCCUGCAGGUGUUUGAGUGUGAGAAGGGUUCCACAAGCAUUUAUGAUCCUCAAACGCACAAGGUACAUCUGUUGUCCAUCUUGUAACACAAGGGCAGCUUCAUGGAAAAGGAGCCAUUCAAAUGUGAGGUGUGUGACCGAGGCUUCACAAACUCAUCGAUGCUUGUGAAACACCGACGCAUUCACUCUGGGGAGAAGCCAUUCAAGUGUGACGUGUGCAAGAAAUCCUUCACACAGUCAUCUAAUCUUCACACACAUCAACGUGUUCACACUCGGGAGAAACCAUUCACGUGCGAAGUGUGUGACAAAUCAUUCCCACAUUCGUCAACCCUCCGCCUUCACCAACGUAGCCAUACAGGAGAAAAACCGUUCACAUGCAAAGUGUGCAACAAAUCAUUCCUUAAAUCUUCGACCCUUCGUGUACACCAACGCAUUCAUACCGGAGAGAAACCAUUCACGUGUGAGGUGUGUAACAAAUCAUUCUCACAGUCAUCGGCCCUCAGCAUACACAGACGCAUUCACACUGGGGAGAAACCAUUCAUGUGUGAUGUGUGUGACAAAUCUUUUUCAGAUUCUUCAACUCUGACUGUACACCAACGUGUUCACACUGGGGAGAAACCAUUCACAUGUGAAGUAUGCGACACAUCGUUUUCGCAGUCAUCGACCCUCCGCUCACACCGACGCACUCACACUGGGGAGAAACCAUUCACAUGCGAGGUGUGCAAGAAGUCAUUCCCCCUGCUGGUGUCACUCCGUGCACAUAAACGUGUGCACACUGGGGAGAAACCAUUCAAAUGCACUGAGUGUGACAAAGCAUUCACACGUUCCUCAGGCCUCCUGGUCCAUCAGAGGACCCACACGGGAAACAAACCCUUUAAGUGUGAGGUGUGUGAUAAAGCUUUUGCAAUAUCUACAAGUUUGCUGAUCCAUGGAAGGAUCCACACAGGGGAAAAACCCUUCAGGUGUGAGGUUUGUCAAGUGGUUUUCAGCCAACCCACUGACCUCCUCAGGCACCAGAGGAUUCAUACAGGGGAGAAACCCUUCAAGUGCGAGGUCUGUGACCAAACUUUUAGGCAGUCUUCAGCACUUGUGCAACACCGACGCAUUCACACAGGGGAGAAGCCUUUCACAUGUGAAGUGUGCGACAAAUCUUUCUCAAGGUCAUCAGAUCUCCUCCGACACAAGAAGAUCCACACAGUGAAGUAAUCCUUGUGGUAUAAAGUUUCUGCUAAAGCUAUCAUGAUAUCUGACCCAUCUGGGACACUGGUGGAUUCUCAUAGUGGAGAGGUUUAAUGUUUGUGUCAAGGAUCUCGUCUGUUUGUUACAAUUCUAGCUCAUCUUAAUUCUGGACAGGUCUUAUCCUAGAGUGAUUUAGAUCCUGCUUUUGUUGGUGAUGUGAAUUGUUGUCCGAUUCUCUUCAGGUAAUGGGUGUGUGAUGAAUACCAUGGGAAAUGUUUGUACUCUGCUGUCUAGGAGAACAACUAUCCUGAAUAUGGGGAGGGAGUGGAGAUGAAUCUCUACAGACCUGAGCUCCCUCAGCCUAUCAUUCCUCAAAAUAAUAAUUGUGAUAUGUUUACUUUACACUCUACCAAGAUUCAUUUCAUGUUGUGAGAAGGAUCUUGGAUCAUUUUCAAGUGCUUUUUCAGUUUGUUUGAUUUGAAGUUUGAUGUUAGCUGAAUAUUCUGUUGUCUCUGUUUUAACAAUCUUCUGUACAGAUGCAUAACUCUCAAUAAAUUCGCUGUUUAGUUUAAACCAAGCUUCCUGUCUUGUCAGCAUGGUGUGUUCCCAUUCACUGGUAUCUCAGGAUACUACAGGAAGAGUCCUUUAUAUUACAAAUUGUCCAAAGUCACAAUAGGAUGGUCUACUUUUUCCACCUGCUUCAGUUCCUUUCCCACAUUUAGUGAUAUAAGAGGCAGGCAGAGCAUGUACUAGUGUUUGUUUCCAUGGCUGUGAUUCAUGGAACAGGUUCCCAGCUUGGAUACAGCUUGAGGACCCUACAUGCAUCAAGCAUUGCUGACAAGGAAAUUCUCCCACUAUUAUCAUGUACAAUUGGAAUAUGAGAAAGAUUUAGAAGUUGAUAACUUGUUUGACCACUUUAACAGACAUUGCCAUCAAUUCCUGGAGUGAGACUCAAACCCAGAGAUUCUGCCUUUUGAGGCUGUUUUGCCACUUCACCUCCUUUCUCCACUGAUGAAUUUAUAAUUUCUAGUUCACAGGAAGAAUAAUGUUUCCCUAACAAAAACAAAUUUGCAGUUACAUAUCAACUUCAACAAGGCUUUUUCAAGUGUGGUCACUGUUGUAGGAACAGGCUUACCAUUGUGUGCAAAGCAAGAUCCUACAAGCUGCAAUCAUGACCAGAUGAGACUGUUUUCUGAAGUGAGUAAUGGGAUCUAUACUCACUCCUGGAUCCACAUGGUGGACAGCAAAUCAGAAACAGUUUUUGUUUCCUUGAUUUCUAAACUCCAAUGGAGAGCUUUGUCCAUUUUAGAAAAAGGUCUAAAGCUUCUUGAUUUAAUCUCUGGAGAGAUCAGGUAUCGUUCCACAAACUCAUAUUGAUAUGGUUAAUGUAAUUUCUGCAGUUUCAUGCAUUCACACACACACACACACACACACACACCUCACACAUAACCCACACACACACACACACUCUCACACACACUCACUCACACACCUACACACACACUCACUGUACUAAAACUGAGGUUUAAUGAAUAAAAGCUAAAUUAUGAAACUAAUGAUCGACUAGGCCAUAAUGAAGCAUGAACUAGAAGUCACCUCUGUUAUGCCAGGAACAUGGUAACCUUGGGCAAGAAACCAAGGAAUGCUUCAGUUAGACACAGAGGGCAAAAUACAAUGAAAGCUCUUUUUAUGAAGAUAAUAAAGGAAUGUACUAAAUAGCAAGAAUUGUAAAAUAAUAUAACAUUUUAAUUAAAGAAAUUGGCAGAGAAAAGCGUGAAAUGCUUUAACCAAUGGAAUUGUCAUCAAUGAUUUUUAAUGUAAGAAAAUCCAUAGCGUGAGAUGUU